UUUUUCCCAUUUUAAAUAACAUUUUGAAUGAGGAAAGAAUAAAAUAAGUAAAAUAAUAAUUUGGUAGACUCGAAAUUCUCUCACAGCCACCUUUUUCUAUAAGAACCGACCGAAGACAAAGGAAUUGUUCAACAAAUCAUCAAAUCAAAUCCCAAAACACACAGAGAAGAAACGAGAAAGCAAAAGUGAAAAAAAAAAAUGGCCGGAGAAGGAGAAGUCAUCGCAUGCCACACCGUCGAGGACUGGAACGAGAAGCUCAAGGCUGCCAAGGAAUCUAAGAAACUGAUUGUGAUUGACUUCACUGCAACAUGGUGCCCACCUUGCCGUUUCAUCGCACCCGUCUUUGUUGAGUACGCCAAGAAGUUCCUCAACGUAGUGUUCUUCAAGGUCGACGUUGACGAAUUGAAAACUGUUGCUAAGGAUUUUGAUAUUGAGGCAAUGCCAACGUUCAUCUUCAUGAGAGAAGAUGUGGUCCUCGAUAAGGUGGUUGGUGCUGCGAAAGAUGAAAUCCACGCGAAGCUUGAGAAGCACAAUGUAGCUGUUGCUGCAGCUUGAUUAGCAUCUAACCUUGCGGAUGGAUGCUUUUCUCUAUCUAUUUUGCUAAUAUAUGUUUGGUAUUUUAAUAAAGCCCUUGUUGCCUUAUUGACAUCUCUCGAUGGAGUCAUCUCCUUAAAAACAUGACCUUUGAUGUGUCUCUUUAUGUGGUGGCUUCAAGCCUGGGUGUGAAUAAAUGUUGCAAACUCUAUGCUAUGUUAAUUUUUUUACUCCUGAGAUUAUUAUUGUGUUGUCAGAAUCAGUCAGAUUUGAAGAUUGGGUUCACAUGACUUCCCAUUUCUUAAUUAGUUCUUUGGAUCAUAUAAAGAUCCUUAUUUAAUGUGUACUUAAAACAAAGAUUCCAAUUAAACAAAAUUUUAUUACCUUUUAGCCUCUUUGGCUCUCUCUGUGUUGUUCUUCGUUGUUGCAAUUUUAUUUUGUAUUCGCAAGAAAAUCCAUGUGUUUAUGCACAAGCUGUUUAUGGUGAACAGUAGUGAUUUGCUCGAGC